AUGACCCUUCCCUUCGAAACAAACAAUGCUAAGGGCAACGAGUCAGCACACAAACACUCAACGCUUUCCCGCCAGCGAGAGCCCGUCUCCACCGUCCACAACGCCACGUCAUCAUCAUCUCCGCCGUCCACAUCCCACAAUUCGGCCCUCGACUCCUCCAUGGCCCUCACCAUUUUCGUCCUCUUGAUUGCUCUCUUCUUCAUGGGCUUCUUCUCCGUCUACAUCCGCCACUUCGCCUCCGAUGAUUCAACGGCUGAGAUAUCUUCUCGUCCACGCCGGAGAUCCUCCGGGAGGUCGCCACGUGGACCUUCCCCGUCUGCUUCCCGACACCUUAGUUCCCGGAAGGGACUGGAUUCUCAGGCCGUACGGUCUCUGCCGGUGUACCCUUACACGAAAGGCGCGAAGCAGAAGAUCGAGGACUGCGCGAUCUGCCUGAGCGACUUCGAGGAUGGAGAAGCGGUUAAAGUGAUACCGUAUUGCCGGCACGUGUUCCACGUGGCAUGCGUAGACACAUGGCUGAGCUCACACGUGUCGUGCCCCUUCUGUCGGAGUAUCCAGCUGUUCUCGGACAAGGCAGUGGUUCGUGGCGAGGCGGAGAGCAGCCAAGGAUCGACGGUGGGCGAUGGAGACACGUGUACGGUUGUAGUUCCCGGUGUGAGGAGGUGUAGUAGCUGUUCGAGCCUUGGACAGAGGGCCGGUUUGGAACGAUCGUUGAGCAUUUGACACGCGUGAGUUCUCACGUGCUUAGAAAUAUUUUUUUUUUUGUUUGGUCGUUUGGUAGAUAUUUAUGUGACAUCUUUUUUAGUAGGGGUUUGUACUAUUAAAAUUUUUAAUAUAAAUUUACAAUUUAGUUCUCAA